AAUUUACCGUCUAAAGUUUCUCGCGUGUGUACAUGAUAACGAAAAUUCUCAUAUACGUGUGUAUGUACAGUUGCAUCAGCGCCCCUAUUAGCAGUGGGCGAAAGUGAUCCAUAAAUACAUAAAUAUAACAACAUAUACAUCGGUCCCUUAUACACGUGCAGUUUUAUCUUUCUCCCCUCAUUCUGCUGGAACCGGGAGUUCCUCAAAUUCCAUGUAUCCCUACGCCAGUUUCGAUAAUAUCUUUCUUCUCGAAGUUCUGUUUGGCCUCGAACGAGAGAAUGAAGUCGUGGAGCGACAAAGAUCACGCAAUGUUUUUCACACGUGAGAAAAUUAUUCCUUGAUACCUCGAAAAACGUGCCAUCGUCUCGUAAAAGUAAAUAUAAGAUAUUAACGAUUGAAACGCGGGUAAACAACAGUGGAAAACAUAUGUGUACACACACAGGAAUAUUUCUAUGAAUGGUUAUAUUUAUCUCAGAGAAACUCGUUAAAAACAUUAUUCAAUGUUGAGUCUUUUGGGAAACCAAAAGAACGUUUCAAUCAUUCCACAAGAACGGUGUAUUGAAAGAUAAACCGAUAAAUUCGUGAAAAUCAAGAUGAAGGGGCCAUUUCAAAAUCUUUUGAUCGCAACGUUUUUGAUAUUGUUCAGUAAAACGUUUCUGUGUGAAAACGCUUUAAAAAAACCCACGGUGUUGGUUGGGUUAUUAAUUAGAAACAAAGCACACACUUUGCCAUAUUUUUUGAGUCUCUUGGAAGCUCUGGAUUACCCGAAAGAUCGAAUGACACUUUGUAUUCGCAGCGAUAAUAAUAUCGACAACACUUUGGAAGUAUUGGAUCAUUGGCUCAACUCUGAGAGUCAAAAAUACCAUGCCGUAGAUCUCUUAAUCGAUGACAAAUCAUCUGGUUUGGAGGACGAGGAGAGUAUUACGGAUUGGCCAUUGAGCAGAUUCCGUCAUGUUAUUAAUCUGCGGGAAGGAGUUCUCAAUGUUGGCAGAAAAAUAUGGGCUGAUUAUGUCUUUAUGUUGGACGCGGAUGCAUUUUUAACAAAUCCACAGACAUUGAAUCUGCUGAUAGCAAAAAACAAAACAAUAGUCGCUCCAAUGUUAAAAUCCGAUGGAAUGUACAGUAAUUUCUGGGCUGGAAUGGCUCCGAAUCAUUAUUAUAUGAGGACUGAAAGGUACGAGCCGAUACUAGAGCGCAAGGAAAUUGGUUGUCACGAAGUGCCGAUGGUCCACAGUGCGCUUUUGAUAAAUCUGCAAAAAUUGGAGAGUGAUUCAUUGACGUACGAUUUCCAAAAAUUGGAUAACUAUGACGGGCCCAAAGACGAUAUUAUUACAUUUGCUCUGAGUGCAAAUAUUUCUGACGUUUUUUUGUACGUCUGUAACGACGAGAUAUAUGGGCAUAUAUUGGUGCCUCUGGAGAAUCACGAGCCAAUUUCGAGGGAAGUUGAUCACCUGAUUAAUCUGAAACUGGAGCUCUUAGGAAACGAGGAAUCGCUCAAGCUGAACGAGGGGAUGAAAAAAUUUGUGAAGUAUCCUAAAAAGGAUACUUUGGGAUUCGACAAAGUUUAUAUGAUCAACUUGGAAAGACGACCCGAGAGGAGAGCGAGAAUGGAGCAAUGCUUCGAGGAGCUUGGAAUUCUUUCCGAAACGAUAAACGCGGUUGACGGAAGAACCCUAAAUUCAACGGCCUUGGACAAAUGGGGCGUCAAAAUAAUGCCCAAUUAUGCUGAUCCGUACCGCAAGAGACCAAUGACCAUGGGCGAAAUCGGAUGUUUUCUCAGUCAUUACGUCAUUUGGAAAAAAGCUUUCGACAACAAUUUUGACAGAAUUAUGGUCCUCGAAGACGAUGUACGAUUCGAACCCUUCUUCCGGCAACGAAUUCAUCUUCUCCUCAAUGAAAUCGAUCAGUUGCAUCUUCAGUGGGAUCUCAUAUAUUUGGGAAGAAAAAAGAUAUCGAAAGAAGAAGAGUCACCGGUCGAUGGAUCCAAACUUUUGUGGCAAGUUGGUUACAGCUAUUGGACAAUCGGCUACAUGCUUUCGCAGAGCGGAGUAAAAAAGUUGCUGGAUGCAAGGCCACUAGACAAUAUGAUCCCAGUUGACGAGUAUUUGCCAAUUUUAUUCGAUCGUCAUCCCAAGGAUGACUGGAAAGAAUACUUUCCUCAGAGAAAUCUCGUUGCCUUUUCAGUUGAGCCGCUUGCCUUAUAUCCAACCCGUUACACUGGCGAGACUGGCUAUAUCAGUGACACCGAAGACUCCAAUGUCAUAACAGUGAAGAACCAUGUUGAAGGACUUGUUAAAACUGAGUUAUAAUCAAAUCCAAGUCGUUUUAUAAUAUAAGAUUGAGAAAUGAAACGCGCAAAUCAAAAAUCAUCCAAAUAACUUUAGUUUACAGGGAUUCGCUAUAAUUUUUGUAUAACGCAAUCGUUUUAUCUUGAAAGGAAAAAUGUCAAUUUCAUUGCCUGUUUUUUUUAGUAUUUCAAUCGUGCAUUGUUAUAUUUUAAUCAUAUAAUUAUUGUGAAGAGAUUUUUCAUGCCAUAACUUGCAGUCAAAGCCUUUAUUUACGUUUUUAAAAAAUUGAAUUUUUCUUCCAUAAGAAAAAUAAAGUCAUUUACGAUUAAUUUUAUACUCCAAUAUCGUAAAUCGAAGAGUAUAUGUAUAUGAACGACAAGUCAAAUCAAAAUGUUUUUUUGGUACAAAUUUUACAAAUAUUCUUCUAAUAAGUGUGAAGAAAAAAUUGGUGUGCCAAAUAUAUAUUCUUCUACAAAUUGUUCAACAGUGGAAAUAAAAGUUUUAUGUUUUGAAAUAAAUUUUCGUAUUUUCAACUUC